UUAUUCUUGUUUUGUUUCUGUGCUUGCUCAACUUCCUUUUGUAUGUGUGUUAAGAGUUCUAUUACUUUGGAAAAGGCAGUUGAUAAGGACUAGUUUGCAUAGAGAAUUAGAAUUGAGUUUACUAAGAGAAAACAGGGUGCUCUUGAGGUUACAGUUGAAUUGGAAAAAUAAACUGUGUUUGUAGGAAAUAAAGAGCAAACCCUUUCAAUGAAAGAGUGAUUUCUAAACACAAAAUCUUUUUUGUGUACAGGAUUAUUGCAUUUUUUCCAGUGACUACAUUUUGACUGUUUAGAACUUGAAGAACAUACCUCUAAAACAACAAAUUUUAAUUUAAGAACCUUGAGUAAAAUGUAUAUGAAUGAGUCUCAGUUGAGUAGUACUUUACCCUAUGGUCUCUGAAGUUGGAGGCUGAAGUUAUUCUAAUAGUAAUUCACCUAAAAAAGGACAAAGUAGAUUUUUGACUCAGGGUUAAUUUGCUUAAAUGAGUUACUGCACAGUAUGUAGGAGUUAAGCAGAUUUACAUACUAGAUAAAUGAGAUGCCUAGCUUAUCUGUUUUCAGCUCUAGAAGACCAAUAACCAUACUUAAAAACAUGCAAGAUUUAGAGGCUCCUACUGUGGAAAUACUAAGCUGCUCUUGAGUGAAAAGACAGAUGCUGAUAUUUGAAGGUCCUCACUGACUCAGUGGACAUGAGUUCGAGCAAGCUCCCGGGAGGUGGUGAAGGACAGGGAACCCUGGCAUGCUGUAGUCCAUGGGGUCGCAAAGAGUUGGACACAACUGAGCAACAAAACCAAAAAGUAACUGGCCACCAGUCCUCUUACAGUGGAGUGUGUUGACCAGUAAGCCCUGCCCAUGUACACAAACCUUCCAAACAGGUUUUUAGUGCUUCAGUUUUCAAUGAAGUGAGCCAAAGGUCACCAGAAAUUGAGAAAAACUUUGACUGCAAAAGGUAGAGCUAAAUAGCAACUCUCAAGAAUCCGAAAACUUAUACUGUAUUCAAGAAAUUAGAACAGAAUCCUAAUAAAAUGUCACAAUAAGAAAUGAGAAUAAAUAAAUUCAGUGGGAGUAUUAAAAGACAAGGAGAUAUUCUGGAACAGAAAUCAAAAGUAGAAAAAAUAAAUACGGAUCAAUUCAGGAGGUUUAUAAUAUAAAAUCAAUAAGUAUUCCAAGAAGAAAACAGAAAAUAGGGGAGUGGGUAGAAUUAAUUAAAUAAAGGAAAAUUUCCCUGAUGGUUUUUUGAGUUUUUAAGAUUGAAGAAAGGCUAAUGUUGAGUUUGCACAAUAAAUAGGAAAGAUUCAUACGAAGCCAUACCACUAUAAAAUUUUAGGAUGCCAGGCCUAGAAGGGGCCCAUCCUAAAAUUUACCAGAUAGAAAAAGGGUUGAGAAAAAUACCCAAUGACAACAAUGAACCUAGGAAUCAGUGGGGCACUGUCUUCAGAAGUGUAAAUGAAUUAUGGUCAUGGGUCACAGCAGAAUAAAGACUAGAUAUGUAAGUUCACAGAAGACUGAUUCUCAGGGAUAAACUGGAUAAAUUCCAUCAGAACAAGAAUAAGUCAGGAAAAAAAUACAAUGUAGUACCUAGAAACAGGAUCAAACAGGAGUGAGAUAAUAGGAAGUUUUAGGAUUACAGUUGUGAAGAGACCUGGCAGCCAAUCCAGACUGACGGUCAGCAGGCCAGACUUGAGGCUCUCUAGAGGUCGGGCUAUGUAUUGUGAGAAGCUUCACAGAACUAUGGAGAAUGUGAGAAGACUUAAAUACUGGAAAAUCAGGCAAAUGGGAAGAGACAAGCCAGGGAAAACAUUGUGUAAGAAAAGAAGCAUUCCCUAAGCCAGGUGCAUGCACCAAGCUAAUAUUUCUUGCUUUCCUGAAUUAUAUUCAUAAAUAUUUGUACUAUUCCACUGCUUUGAUUUUCUUUGGCAACUCCAAUUAUAUGUUGGAUUUCCUCUGCCUGUCAUCAGUUUCUAUCAUUUGUUCUUAAUUAUUUUUUAUCUUUUCGUUUGCUUUUUUUUUUUUUUUUUUGGCACCGUGACAUACGGUAUCUUAGUUCCCUGACCAAAGAUUGAAGCCGCGUCCCCUGCUUUGGAAGCGUGGAGUCUUAACCAUUGGACCACCAGGGAAGUCCCUGCAUUUCUCAUCUCUAAUCUCUGUUCCUUAAUGUGCUUCCUGUGGUAUCCCGACUCAGUUGUGUUCCUUUUAAUGUAACCUUCAUUUCUGGGGGGAAAAAAAUUUUUUUCUGUUUCCUAAAUUCUACCAAUUUCUGUUUCACUUUAGGGACAGCUCUUCCCUGAAUUCUUGUAUUUCUUAGCUGCAUUUGCUUCAUUAGAUUUUUAAAAUUUACAUUGGAAUGUCAGUGUAUUAUUUUCAACUGCUUUAUGGGAACAUUUUCUUGUGAGUUUUCUCCGGGGAAACUCUGGAGAAAUGAAGACAGUUGUCUACACAAAGACUUGCAUGAUAAUGUGCUCGACAGUAUUGUUCAUGAUAACCCUGAAGUGGAAACGAUUCAAGUAUGUAUAAGGUGAUCAACGGAUAAACAAAAUGAUAUAGCCAUACAGUGGAAUGCCAUUCAGCAGUGUAAAGGAAUGAAGUACUGAUACAUGCUACAAUAUGGUAGAACCUUGAAAACAUGUUGAGUGAAAGAAGCCAGAUAUAAAAGGCCGCAUAUUGUAUGAUUCCAUCUGUAUGAAGUGUCCAGGAAAGGUAAAUCUAUAGAGACGGAAAGCAGGCUGCCAUGGUCUCCACUUAGGGCAGUGGGAAUCUUUGACUGUGGAACGUUGGGCAUGAGCUUCGCCAUUGGCUGGCCGAGGAGGAGGAGGCAGAAUGUCUCCAUUGUUACACCACAGAGUUCAAACUUCAGAAGACUUGAGUUAAACAGUGUUUUUUACUCUGCAAAUUGUUGCAUCUUCACUUGUCUUCUAUGAUCAUCACAAACUAAUGAAACACCUUUUACGUCUUCUGAAUUCAGGUUAUACUGUUUUCUGAAUACUCUGGCAGUUGAUACAGAACCUGUGAAAAAUGGAACCAAGCUCUCUAAGGACCAAAGUUCCAGCUUUCCUGUCUGAUCUGGGGAAGGCCACACUGAGGGGGAUCAGAAAGUGUCCCCGAUGUGGCACAUACAAUGGGACCCGGGGACUGAGCUGUAAGAACAAGACCUGUGGAACCAUUUUCCGGUACGGCGCCCGGAAGCAGCCUAGUGUUGAAGCUGUCAAAAUCAUCACAGGCUCUGAUCUGCAAGUCUACUCAGUGCGGCAAAGAGACCGGGGCCCCGAUUACCGAUGCUUUGUGGAGCUGGGUGUUUCAGAGACGACCAUCCAGACAGUGGACGGGACCAUCAUCACUCAGCUGAGCUCUGGCCGGUGUUAUGUGCCCUCAUGCCUGAAAGCUGCCACCCAGGGCGUUGUGGAGAACCAGUGCCAGCACAUCAAGCUGGCAGUGAACUGCCAGGCAGAGGCCACCCCUCUGACUCUAAAGAGCUCGGUCCUGAAUGCCAUGCAGGCCUCCCCAGAAACCAAGCAAACCAUCUGGCAGUUGGCCACGGAACCCACAGGUCCCCUUGUACAGAGGAUUACUAAAAACAUUUUGGUGGUGAAAUGCAAAGCAAGCCAGAAGCAUAGUUUGGGGUAUUUACAUACAUCCUUUGUGCAGAAAAUCGGUGCCAAAAGCUUGCCUGAACGCCGUUUCUUCUGCUCCUGCCAGACUCUAAAGUCACACAAGUCAAAUGCGUCCAAAGAUGAGGCGGUCCAGAGAUGCAUUCAUUUCUUUGCUUGCAUCUGUGCCUUUGCCAGUGACGAGACAUUGGCUCAGGAAUUCUCAGACUUCCUAAACUUUGAUUCCAGCGGUCUAAAGGAGGUUAUUGUGCCCCAGUUAGGUUGCCAUUCAGAAUCACCAGUAUCAGCUUGUGAGUCUACCACCUCUAAGCCAAAGAAGAGGAAAAAGGAGGAAGUAUCUGGUGCACAGACGAACAGUUCCCUGCUACCUCCAGAUGCAGUGAGCAGUAAUCUAAGGAAAAGUGGCCUGAAAAAGCCUGUGGUUGCUUCUUCAUUAAAAAGGCAGGCCUGUGGUCAGCUGUUAGAUGAGGCACAAGUGACCUUAUCCUUCCAAGACUGGCUGGCCAGUGUCACAGAACGCAUCCAUCAAACCAUGCACUAUCAGUUUGAUGGCAAACCAGAGCCACUGGUUUUCCACAUUCCUCAGUCCUUUUUUGAUGCCCUGCAACAGAGAAUAUCCAUCGGCAGCGCGAAGAAACGGCUUCCCAACUCUACCACAGCUUUUGUUCGCAAAGAUGCCUUGCCACUGGGAACCUUUUCCAAGUAUACCUGGCAUAUCACGAAUAUCCUGCAGGUUAAACAAAUCUUAGAUACCCCGGAGAUGCCUUUGGAAAUCACCCGGAGUUUUAUCCAGAACCGAGAUGGGACCUAUGAGCUGUUUAAAUGUCCUAAAGUAGAAGUAGAGAGCAUAGCAGAAACCUACGGUCGUAUAGAAAAGCAACCAGUGCUGCGACCCUUGGAACUAAAAACUUUUCUCAAAGUUGGCAACACUUCCCCAGAUCAAAAGGAGCCAACACCUUUCAUCAUCGAGUGGAUCCCAGAUAUUCUUCCCCAAUCCAAGAUUGGUGAGCUUCGAAUCAAGUUUGAGUAUGGGCACCACCGCAAUGGGCACGUGGCAGAGUACCAAGACCAGCGGCCCCCCUUGGAUCAGCCCUUGGAACUGGCCCCUCUGACCACCAUCACUUUCCCUUGAAGCAAAACAAGAGUCUUUUGCUGCUAAAUUUGCACAUCCCCACCCUUUGACAACUUUAAAUACUAGUUAGACACUUAGAUGGCUCUGUUCCUUAGUGAACUACUCUUAGCUAAGAUGCAAUUUCUCAGUGCAUUCAAGUGAAUUCUUUUGAAGAAAAACUCUUCUUGUAAAUAGCCCUUUUGGUGCUGCUGUGUAUAGUCUUCAUUUAACUUGGAUGAUAUUCCUGGGUAGUUUUUAAAGAAACAGAAAACCAGCUCACUUACCUUCCUGAAGGACUCACCUUUAGAGUUUGUUUCAACCUUUUUCUAAUGUUCUAAGAAGUCAGCAGCACUCCACCUUAUACUAACAUGUUGGAAAAUUAAUAAUACCUUAGUUAGGGCAAAAUGUUGAAGAUCAUCCUGACAGAGUUCCAAUCAUAUCCUUUUAUUUUCUUCUCAAAUAAAGCACAGUGUCACUAGUUUUUAUAAAUUAUAUCUUGUGUUGGCCUAAUUAUAAAAGUAUAAACCUUUUGGGAGAUUUAGGUGAUAGUGAACUUGGAAAAAGAGAUUCAGGUGUCAAGGCAAUAUUGAUUGACAUUUCAAACUAACGCUUGUAAUUGCUCGUUCACUUGAUUUUUAUUUCCCUCUUUACUCUCCAAAAAGCUUAACAGGUGGUAAAAUUCAGUUUAUAUUUUUUAAUUCAUUGAUCACAGAAUGGAGAUACUGAAAGUCACAGAAUAGAAGCCUGCCUUUAAGGAGAAAAGAAGAGAAUGGAACAUUUCCUAUUUGCCUGUUACAUCCCAGGCAUUUUCAUUUAUAAUCUCACUUAAUCAUUUUUCUCAUUUAGUCCUCAUCAUUAUUUGAAUUUAGCCACCACUCCUUCUUUUAUAAAGUUAAACAGUCUCUCUGAGAUUAAGUAUCUUACUGGAAAUAGCAUUAAAAAUGUUUCAUUUUAUUCCAAA